AAACCGGUGAAUGAAACUGGAAAUGGAUUAACAUUUUAAAGCCAAAGUUGCAGCCCCCCCCCGCAAUCUCGCUCUUUUAUGUGGCGCCGUCGAGGACAUUCGGAACUCCUUGCCGCGGAUUGUCUUGCAAAGCGCCGAGCGCGCACAUGCAAACGCAGAGGCGGUUUCUCUCUUUCUCGCGCUCUCUUUCUGGGCCGGUUGAAGCCGCGGGGCGGGGCCGCCCGGGAUCCUACACCUGUCCUAUCAGACACCUGUUCGAGGCGUGUCAGCCAAUGCGAGGGGAGCGGGGGAAGUCGGACGCUCGCAUAAAUGAAACCCGGGGGCCGCGUCGGGAGGCAAUCAGAACACUCGAGCCGCCGACGUGUCACUCGGGACUCCCGUCACCCGUAAAGACAAUCGCAAAUCAUUUAAAGGGACCUAUUCCAGCUCAAUUGGACUGGAGACAUGACCAAAGAGACUGAGACUCUGGGAGUGGUCUUUCAGAGCGAGAACUUCAACUACAACUGCUACAACCCAAAUUACACCAUGGACCCCUGGUCGUACCUGGACAGCCCCAUGCCUGAAGAGAACUUGGCCAAACCCAGACUCCACCCAGGGGACGACCUGGCAGCCAUAACGAUGCUUUACGAACAGUGCAAGAGCCAGAAGGAGCAAAAGGUUGCCGCCUCCUGCGGGCGGAACAGUAGCCUCUGCAAACCAACAGAGAGGACUCCAGCCAAUGACCUGGGCUCACUGGAAACAUCCGCCAGCGUCAUGAAGAUCCUCUCUGAGAGCGUUCCCGCCACCUACUCCCUGGAGGUCUUGGGAUCCAAGCAGAACCCCUCGUUGCCCGUCUCCCUGCCCCCCAACGCUGACACCUACGCCACUCUGACCAGCGUGGCGGCGGACAGCGACAAGCAGGAGCUCAACAUCAUCUUCGACUCUCUGCUCCAAAAGUGGCCCGAGAGCAGCGCUUUCCCCGACCCAGGCUCAGUGACUCUUACCUACAAAAAUCCCUUCCCCGAGGACCACGCCAGUCCGGUCUACUCGGACUCCUACACCGGCUCUCCGCCUGAGACUUACAGGAGCGAGUUCCAAUUUUCCCUCGGCGCUCCCUCGGCUUCCCCUUAUAAAUCCAGCGAGUUACCCAUGGUCUACCUGAAUAAGGGCCAGUUCUACCCCAUCACCCUGCAGGGAGUGGACAGCAGUGCCUGCAUGACUGCUACCAAAGUUAAGACCGUGGUGAUGGCCGUGUUCGAGAACGACAAGACCCCAGAGAUGCAGCUCCGCUUUUGGAACCACUGGCACGCGCGCCAGCCCACUGUCAAGCAGAGGGUCAUCGACAUCGCGGACUACAAAGAAGUGUUUACCGGCAUUAGCAACAUUGAAGAGGUGGCCUUCAACGCGCUCUCCUUUAUUUGGAACCCCAACGAAGAAGCCAAGGUGUUUGUCGGCAUCAAUUCGCUGAGCACCGACUUCUCGUCGCAAAAAGGGGUGAAGGGCCUGCCUCUCAACCUGCAGAUCGACACGUAUGACUUCAGCUCUGGGAACAAUCAGCUCAUACACAGAGCCGCCUGCCAAAUCAAGAUUUUCUGCGAUAAGGGGGCUGAGAGGAAGAUGCGCGAUGAGGAGAGGAAGAGGACCAAGAGGAGGGGCAAGACGACCAAUGACGCUAACGCCAAGUCCUUAGUGAGCAGCUCUAUGGGGAGCGACUGCACGUUCUUCCAGACUUUGGAUGACCACAUCACCCAGCCAGUCCUCUUCAUCCCAGAGGCACAUCUGUCCAGUUUACAGCGCAUGGCCACGCCUAUAGAUGACAACGAAAGAACUUCUCUGAAAAGGUUGUACUCAGACCGAGAGCAGAACAGCUCUCCACCCAGCAAACAAGUCCGCAGAGACGAUUCCCAGAAAGUUCUGCUGUACGUGAGGAGAGCAGCCGAGGAGGUUUUCGACGCGCUCAUGCUCAACACGCCGACGGUGUCCGGCCUACGAGAAGCCAUUUCAGACAAGUACGGCAUGCAAGAAGACACCAUUGGGAAAAUCUACAAGAAAUGCAAACGAGGGAUUUACGUCAACAUGGACGACAUCAUCAUCGAACACUACACCAACCAAUCGGCUUUCCUCAUCGAGAUCUCGGAGGCGGUCGGCGGUCAGUUCCAGGUCACCCUCAUCGAAGUAUGACGACGCCACCGCAGCUACGUCGCUACAGCACUAUGCCAAAACUACAAGAACAACAAAACAAGCCAGCCAGCUGUGGACUGACCUGCGCUGACCCUUUCAAUUUCAGACGUAAAUAUUUCCAUUAUGUAAAUAAUGCUCUAUCGCCCCCCCCAAUCCCCUUUUUGUCUAAGCAAUUAUCUUAUACUUGUACAUAUGUUUGUAUAUAGAUUUUGAUAUGACAGUGUUUUCUAAACGACCAUUUUUGCAAUUCAGUGUAUUUCAGAAAAAUGUGGCGCUCGGUAACACGAUUUUCAAAAGGGUGCCCCGGCGUAUAGCGUUAGCAGCUCGCUACGGUCGUUCUUUUUCGACCUACCCGUCUCCGAAGGGGCGUUGUUAUUUUUCUUUGAAUACGUCACACAAAAAGGCCUACCGAUAACGUUUCGUACCGCCGCCUUCUCGCAGGCUUCCAUGUAGCGUCGGCGCUAACGAGUUCCCAAGCAAACGUCACACAUUUCCCUCCGUCAAACCACACGCAGAGUUAGUAUUGGUCAUCAUUUAGCCCCGAAACUGUGGACAUUUCCUGUUUGGCUGUUGUGUGCGUGUGUGUAAGUGUGUGUUUUUGCAUGUGUGUGUGAGAGAUUUUAGUGCUUCCUCGUAUGUUACGCAUCAUUUCAAAGCGAACAUGUAUGUACCCCGUAAUGUUUCAUCAUGCAUACGCAAAUGGCUAAUGGAUUAUGAUGAUGAUGAUGAAUUAGUCUUUUUUUUUUAUAAGAAAAUAAAGAAGUGU